UGGAUUUCAAAGCCGCUAAAGUAACAAGUAUCUUGGAGCUAUCCAUUCGCUUAAGAGAAGGCAAAGCCGCAGUAAAAGGCAAUUUUUGUACACUUGCUGAAAUAGUGAAAAGCGCCAUUGAAAAACCUCAACUUGCUGCAAUGGAUCCCUCAAAUGGAGACCUGUACACCCUGGAAGCCAAAUUGGUUAGCGAUUCGCUGAGGGAACUGACAGAUGGCGCUGACAAGGAUCCCAUUACCAAGUUGCGUUUGCUUUGCUUUAGCCGUGGCGCAACAGGCAUUCUGGGUCUUGGCAGAGCUUUUCGCGCCAUGGACGAUGAUGGUAGCAAGGCGCUCAAUGAGGAGGAAUUUAUCAGCGGAAUUCGGGACAUUGGUCUCGAUGUGACCGAUGAUGAAAUUAAGCAGAUGUUUAAUACCUUCGAUGAGGAUGGUAGCGGCUCCAUAAAUAUGACAGAGUUUUUGCUCAAGUUACGUCCUGCGAUGAACCAAAGUCGCCUGUCUAUUAUAGAUCUGGCUUUUGCUAAAAUGGAUAAGAAUGGCGAUGAGGUUAUAACCAUUGCCGAUCUCAAAAACGUUUAUUCGGUGAAGGAGCAUCCCAAGUAUCAGAGUGGCGAGAUGACUGAGGAUGAGAUAUUAACCGACUUCUUGCACAACUUCGAGGGCGGUCGUGGUAAUCUGGAUGGCAAGAUUACUCACGAGGAGUUCAUCAACUAUUAUGCCACCAUCAGCGCCUCAAUUGACAACGAUAUGUACUUUGACCUGAUGAUGCGACGCGCCUAUGCCAUGUAAGGGUAAACUUGGCGCCAGCGCUCAAUCUAAUUCUCAAUCUCAAUUAACAAUAUAAACUAGUCUUUAGUCCGGCUCAUGUUCUAUUUAUACACAAUGCAUGUUUCAUCCAAUAAAGAAAUUCUGUUUUCUGUUUUAUUUUUGCUGCAAAA